AUGGGCAACGGCGCCAAGGCUAACAUGAAGCGCGAGCGCAACGCCGCCGACAAGGGCAAAGUUGCCAAGUCGCAGAUCAAGACCAACGAAAAGGCCAUGAACAUUCAGUGCAAGGUCUGCUUGCAGACAUUUUUGCAGACGACCAAGGCUCCUGCCCUACUGGAACAUGCCUCCAACAAGCACAAGAAGGGUCUUGCGGACUGCUUCCCUGGUGUGAGCGCCUAA